UAAACAUAACCAUGGAGAACACUGAAAUCUCAGUGGAUUCGAAGUCCAUUAAAAAUUUAGAAACAAAGAUCUUCCAUGGGAGCAAAUCGAUGGAUUCUGGAAUUUCCUUGGACUGUAGUUACAAAAUGGAUUAUCCUGAGAUGGGCCUAUGUGUAAUAAUUAAUAAUAAAAACUUUCAUUCAAGCACUCGAAUGGCACCUCGGUCUGGUACAGAUGUUGAUGCAGCAAGCCUCAGGGAAACAUUCAGGAACUUGAACUAUGAAGUCAGGAACAAAAAUGAUCUUACACGUGAAGAAAUGAUGGAAUUGAUGUACAGUGUUUCUAAAGAAGAUCAUAGCAAAAGGAGCAGUUUUAUUUGCGUGCUUCUAAGCCAUGGUGAUGAAGGAGUUAUUUAUGGAACAAAUGGACCUGUUGACCUGAAAAAAUUAACUGCUUUCUUCAGAGGGGACAGUUGUAGAAGUCUCAUUGGAAAGCCUAAACUCUUCAUUAUCCAGGCAUGCAGAGGUACAGAAUUGGACUGUGGCAUUGAAACAGACAGCAUUGAUGAUGACAUGACAUGUCAGAAGAUACCAGUUGAGGCAGACUUCUUAUAUGCAUAUUCUACAGCACCUGGGUACUAUUCCUGGCGAAACUCAAAGGAUGGCUCCUGGUUUAUCCAGUCCCUCUGUGCUAUGCUGAAACAGUAUGCUCACAAGCUCGAACUCAUGCACAUCCUCACUCGGGUUAACCGGAAGGUGGCAACAGAAUUUGAGUCCUAUUCCCUUGACUCUGCAUUUCAUGCAAAGAAGCAGAUUCCAUGCAUUGUGUCCAUGCUCACAAAGGAACUAUAUUUUUAUCACUAAAAGAAUGCCUGGUGGUGUUUUUCUUCAUUUUUUUGUUUGUAAGCCAAGUGAGAAGACAGUUGUAACUGAUACUGUAUUUCCUUCU